AAAAGUCUAGAUAUCUAAAUAUCUUGAAAAAAAGAAUAUAAAACUUACUCCACUUUCAUAAUCAUCAACGCAAUUAUGAAUGGAAAUUUCAGGAAUUUUCAAAAUUGUUUCGAACGCAACACGCAACAACAUUGCGAUGAAAGUCGAUAACAAUCGAUAAGAACUUUACAUACAUUUAUAGCAUAGAACGUAGCAAGCAGCUAACAGGAAAUACAUAUGUGAUAGCUGAAAAUCUUGAACAUUUUUCAUUUAGUUACGUUUAAUUUGUUUGAUUUAUAAUACGACAAUGAUUUUCCCUCCCGAUAUAUGGGAACAUAUAUUUUUGUACGUCGAUCCACUAACACUUAUAAAUUUGAAAAUAAUUUGUAAAUGUUGGAAGGAAAUUAUCGAUAAAGUAUUGCAGCAAAGUACCCUGUGGCAUAAAUUGUGCAAAGAUAAAAUUCCUGAACAUUUUUGGACCACUUUAUGCGAAACAUUGAGUCCAAAGAAAUAUACUAAUUUUUAUGAGAAACAUGAUGUUAAAUUUUGGGUAGCUAUGUAUAAAUUAUGGAUUAAAUGCAAAAACAUGAAAAAAUGUAAUGCACAAAGUAAAUGUAUUAAGCCAUUAAAAGACCAUCAUUCAGAAUAUAUUACUUGUAUAGAUACUUCAGGAAAUCUAUUAGCAAUGGGGACAUCUGCAGGAUUUGUUUAUUUUUACAAUAUACCUAAUUUACGUACAAGCAAACAUAUAGUUGAUCAUAUGGAAUAUAUAGAAAGUGUAAAGCUUCUCAGAGAUGGAACAAGUAUUGUUUGUAUAUCUAGUUCUAUAAAUAAUCACAUAUGCUUUUGGGAUGUGAGUACAUUGAAGCCAAUUGAUAGAACCCAUGGAAAGUUAAUUUGUACAAGUUACAGUUAUUGCUAUAUCGCCAUGCAUAAUAUAAUAAGUAUUGUGGGAUCAAUACCAAAAACUGUGUAUGAACUUGAUUCAGAUAAUAUUAUUGCUAUUGGUGCAGACAAUAAUAAAGUACUUUUAUAUACAAAAGGAGGGUGCUGUGUAGAUUUGACUUUGAAUGCAAAUCAAAAGGAUUAUACACUUAUACAUGUCAACUCUUAUACACGUGUUCAACCACUAAAUAUAAGAAUUCGUCGUUAUUAUGUAUUUAAACCAAAUAUAAUUGCCUGUAUUGCAGAAUAUGGAUAUGUGGGUUUUUUGGUACAAGGAAAAGAAUGGAAGAUCUAUAAUUUAUUUCCUAUUUUACAUGGAACACCUACUGCAAUUUUAAUAUAUGCGCAUGUACUCAUUUUGGGAUUGGACUCAGGAAAUGUUCAUAUAUAUUAUAUAAAGGAUUUUGGAGCAAUUGAUUUUAAUGCUAUUAAUUCAAACAAAUUGUGUCCUGACUCCUCAACUGUUAUUUCAUUAAAUAUAAUGGUUAAUAUUGAGGAAUAUUUAAUUAUUGGUUACCACAAAAAGUUCUAUAUUGUUAAGUUUAUGUAAUAUACUCUUUAAGCAAACCAAAAUGUAAUUAUAAGACUAAUGUAGAAUUUUUUAUAAAUUAAGUUUUGUUUAUAAUAUAAUAAUAAAUUUGAGUUUUUGAUUGUAA